AUGUGGGGAAAAUCUCCAGAUCUUGCGUCUCAUGCCUACAUGACUACCGCUUCCGUCUUAUCCCGCCUUGGCUUCCUUAUCAACCACAAGAAAUCACAACCAGUCCCAACACAGGACGCAAAUUGGCUUGGUGUCCGAUGGAUCACCGACCAGGGCCUUUGGGGUAUACCCAUCUCAAAGCAAGAACUUCAGGACCUCCUCCACAGGUUUUCUGUGGCUCCUACCACAUCCCGCAGAGAAUGGGAACGUCUCCUCGGAGAACUCAACUUUGUGACACAAAUUCUGCCUCGCUCCCGUCACCUCCUACAACCUCUACUCAAACCUCAACUUCUAAGCACUCCUGCCAACAGGGACAGGAAGGUUCCCAUCCCCACACGUCUCCGCCGGGCCCUACUACCCUGGCUCACACAACCUCUCCUUCAAAAUACCGAGCCCUUUUAUUCCGCUCAAGAUCCUGUCCUCCUAUGGACGGACACUUCCCUCUCAGGAUGGGGAGGUCACACACACUCGGCCACCGUCUCCGGGUCUUGGACUCCCCUCGAGGAACACUUACACAUCAAUCUCCUCGAAGUCAGAGCGGUGCACCACUGUCUCCUUCACCUCAACCUAUCCCAUCAAUGGAUACAUCUCUUUAUAGACAACGCACCAGCCCAAUGUGCAAUCAACAAGUUAUCCUGCAAAUCACUCAACCUCCUCAAGGAGGUGACCCACUUGGUCCACCUUCUCCAGCUUCGCUCUCUGAAGAUCAAGGCCUUCCGCAUUUCCACCCUCCUCAAUGCCAAGGCCGACGCCCUCAGCCGUACUUCCCAUCCACUCCUCAAAUGGGAACUUCCACAGAAGACCUUCCAUCAGCUCCAACUUCUCAGAGGUCCCCUCGAGAUCGACCUCAUGGCCACGACCGAGAACUCGAAGCUACCUCUUUUCAUAUACCCCCACCCUCACCCCCGAGCAUGGGGCCACAAUGCUCUAGCCUGGGACUAG